AUGGCGGGCCUCCAGACUGAUGUGGAAAUGCUCUAUCCCGAGACAGUUGUACACGUGGGCAGGGUGACUUUUGGAGAAGAGAACAGGAAGAAGAUGAUCAAUAGCUAUCUGAAAAGAACUGAGAAUAAGAAGAUCAUCCAAGCCACCUGCGCGCUGUUAAAUUCUGGAGGGGGUGUGAUCAAAGCAGAGAUUGAUGAUGAAACCUACAGUUACCAAUGCCACGGGCUGGGACAGGAUCUGGAAACUUCUUUCCAAAAGCUCCUUCCUUCAGGUUCACAUAAAUACCUGGACUACGUGCAGCAGGGGCACAAUCUCCUGAUUUUUGUGAAGUCCUGGAAUCCAGAUGUUUUCAGCCUUCCCCUACGGAUUUGCAGCUUGCACUCCAAUCUAUACCAGAGAGCUUUGACUUCCACCAUCAAUUUGACUGCCAGGAGUGCCCUGGAGCUUCUCAGAGAGAAGCAGUCUAGAGCCCAAAGAGGAAGAUCAAGGGUGAGGGACCUGAAUUCUCAGACAGUUCCUGACAGAGACAUUCAGGAAGAGAAAGAUAUGAGGAGUUCUGCCUCAGAAUUGUUUCAAAAGGACAGGCUCAUGUAUAAAGAGAAACUCAAUUUUACUGAGUCAACCCAUGUCGAGUUCAAAAGGUUCACCACCAAAAAGAUUGUCCCCCGGGUUAAAGAGAUCCUGUCCCAUUAUGUUUCUGCAUUUGCCAACACCCUUGGAGGAUACCUAAUUUUGGGGGUAGAUGAUAAGAGCAAAGAAGUGUUUGGAUGUAAGCGAGAAAAAGUGAACCCCGACUUACUAAAAAAAGAAAUAGAAAACUGUGUAGAAAAGUUGCCAACAUUCCACUUCUGCUGUGAGAAGCCAAAGGUGCAUUUCACUACCAAAAUCUUGAAUGUCUACCAAAAUGAUGUCCUGUACGGUUACGUCUGCAUGGUUCAAGUGGAGCCCUUCUGCUGUGUAGUAUUCACAGAGGCCCCGGAUUCCUGGAUCAUGAGGAAUGAUGCUGUCACAAGGCUGACGGUGGAGCACUGGGUGGCCAUGAUGUUGGAUGUUCACUCAACAACUUCCAGUUUGGCCGCUGACUCCCUGUGUGCACCAGCUCCAUCAACACUAGGAAGCCCAUCAUUUCCCAUAAAAGUCUUGGAAUUUAAGGGGCCUCUGCAACAGCGUCUGUUUCCAGUGACACAGGAAGAGAUACAGUUUAAACCAGAAUCCCUCUGUAAGAAGCUCUUCUUGGAUCAUAAAGGACUCGAGGAAUUAAUGAAGACACAGAUAUAUCCUUGUUCUCAGGGGAUUGUGAUAUUUUCUAGAAGCUGGGCUAGUGAUAUUGGCUUAAGGAAAGAGGAGGCUGUUCUGUGUGAUGCUCUCCUAAUAGCAGUUAACAGUCCCCCGGUACUCUAUACAAUCUUAAAAAACCCCAGUUGGAAUGGAGGGCUUGAGUAUGCCCGAAACACUGCUCAUCAGUUAAAGCAGAAACUGGGAACUGUUGGUGGUUACACAGGGAAAGUGUGUGUUAUCCCAAGGCUGAUGUACCUGCCCAGCAUACAGUGUAGCCCUGGUGAAAUCCUCGUGCACUACCCCCAAUCCUACAGGCUUACUACCAAGGAUGAAAUGGAAGACCUGUUACAGGCCCUUAUUGUAGUCUCACUGUGUUCCAGAUCUCUUCUGAGUGACCAGCUGGGCUGUGAGUUUUUCAACUUGCUCAUAGAGGAGCAGUGUGAGUUACUCUCAGAAAGCCUUCAGGAGACACGUGAAUUGUUCAUCCACUGCUUUCCGGGAACCAGAAAGACAGCCCUAGCCAUAAAGAUCAUGGAGAAAAUCAAAGAUUUGUUCCAGUGCAAACCAAAAGAGAUUCUUUAUGUUUGUGAAACUGACUCCUUAAAGGAUUACGUAAUCCAACAAACCACCUGCCAAGCUGUGACCCGGAAGAUCUUCUUACAAGGGGAGUUCCUUAAGAUUAAACACAUAGUGAUGGAUGAUACUGAGAAUUUCUGCAGUAAAUAUGGAGACUGGUACUUGAAGGCCAGGAGCAUCACUCAUCCAAAGGUGAAGGGAGCUGGCAGUGAAAACCUUCAUCACGGGAUCCUCUGGAUUUUUCUGGACCCUUUUCAGAUCCAUUGUGCAGAUAUUAAUGGUCUUCCCACUCCAUCUGCUCAGUUUCCCCGAAAAACAAUCACCAAUGGGAUCCACUGUGCUCUGGAAAUAGCAAUGGUCAUGAAAGAGGAAAUGAAGAGGAUCAAAGCAAAUCCUCCCUCCAGCCUGGCCCCAGACACACUGUCAUUGUUCAGGGAAGCUGCCUACGAGGAAGCAGUGGGUGCCCAGGCUCUGCCUGGGGUGUUUGAGACAGAGACUAGCCUGACUAUGGAACAAAUUGUGAAACGGGUGGCCGAAAGGUGUCACAACCUGUUCCAAUGUGGCUAUCAGCCUCAAGACAUUGCAAUUCUGUGCAGGAAAGGGGAGGACAGAGGACACUAUGAGUGUGCACUUCUAAAAGCAAUGGAAUUAUUUGAAACCCAUGGAGUGACAAAGGUUGUGUUUAGCCAGGCCUCUGGAGUUUGGGGCAGUUGCAUUGUUUUAGACAGUAUUCAGCAGUUUGCAGGCCUGGAGAGGAAUAUUGUGUUUGGGCUUAGUCCAGAAUGGACCCUGUCAGAAGAAGCUCAUAAGCUCCGCUUUGCCUCACGGGCCAUUAAACACCUCUACCUGUUUUAUGAAAAGAGGGCAGCUUUCUGA